UUAACAGCUCAGAGCCACAGAGAAGAACCGGAGAAAGUGAGGAAGAGGAGCAGCAUGGAGAACAAGCUGGAUCUCACUCGGCUCACGGACGAAGAGGCCAAACAUGUCUGGGACGUCAUCCAGCGAGACUUCAACCUCCGCAAGGCAGAGGAGGACAGGCUUGGGGAGCUGAAGACCAAGAUCGAGAAGGAGGACACCAAGAGGGAGCUGCUGGGCUCCCAGGCCAACCUGGCCGACUCCCACUGCAUCCGCUGCCUGCAGCCCUUCAAGUUCCUCAUCAACAACAAGCGCCAGUGUCUGGACUGCCAGCUGUACACGUGCAAGGGAUGCAGCCGCUACAACAAGAAGGAGCACGGCUGGGUGUGUGACAACUGCCGCAUGACCAGGGUCCUUAAGAUCGGCACUCUGGGGUGGUACCACGACAACGUGCGCAACCGCUUCAAGCGCUUCGGCAGUGCCAAGGUCAUGAGGUCGCUCUACAAGAGGCUGAACGGCGACGGUGGUCGCGAUGACGACACCCAGAGCAUGCCUGACGUAGGCCAACGCCACACAUACAACGGAGUGGAGGACGACCAUGCGGAGGCAGAGGCUCAGCGUUACAAAAUGAUGCGCAAGAACAAGCGUUUGCUCUCAGUGCAUCCCAUGGACUUUGACCCGGAGGAAUACUACCCACCCUACCCUGUAUCCCGCAGGCAGUCUUUCCAGCAAUACCAAGACGAGCGGGGAGGCUAUAGAAACGACCUGGAAUACCAGAAUGAGAUGCACAACCACCGCAUGAACCGCAGGAAGAGUCUGGACCGCUACGCAAUGCGCCCUGAGGACUACGGUGAGCUUCGGUUGGAGCGCGCCCGCUCCCUGUCCAAGAUCAGCUCCUCUGUGGCGCGCCAGCAGUACGUGGACACCUCGGACGAGGAGGACAUGCCGCGCUACGCCGGGCCGUACCAGCCCGCCGCACCCUUCCGCAGACGCAACAGCAAGGCCUCCUCCCAGGAGAACCUCGGCCAACCCCCUCCGAUCAAUGAGCUGAGUAAGAGGAUGUCGGCGAUCGAGAGCCUCCUCAACCGACUGGAGGAGAAGAUGGUCUCGCCAGACGAGGAGGACGGCCAAAAGCCCCCUGGGGGCACGGAGGAGGAGAAGCUCCGGAGGAAGCUGCGCCAGCUGGCGGGGAACCUCAGCGAUAAGGGGCUCUCCUCUGGGGAGGAGGAGGCUGGCAAGAAGCUCCCGUCAUUCAUGGCCAAGGGGACCUCGGCCAAGAACAGCACCCCGGCUCGAGUUCUGAAAGACCCCGAACUCAGCUCUUCCAGCGAUGAGAUACCCACAGAGGGUCAGAAGAGAUCCACGGCGGCCGGCCUCUGUGACCUUACCACUGAGGUCCUGAGAACCAUAAACGCGACAGAAAACGCGAUGGUCGAGUAUGGCCUCGCGAAAGAGCCAAACGAAACACAGUACCCCUUAGAUGGGCCCGGCCUAAAGCAGGCAGACGAUGCUUACAGAGAACUUGAGGAAAAUGUUUACGUGGCUGCCGGGAAGUCCUUUGAGUUGGAGACCAAGUUGAAGCAGUUGGAGCAUAACGCCAAAAACCGCUUUGGCGGCGGCGCCACGGACUCCGACCUGUCCGAGCUGGAAGACGUGGUGGCCAAGACCGCCGCGCGGGUCCAGAGUACGGAGAGUGAGGUCUCUGACAUAGAGAGCAAGAUCGCCGCCCUCAACACUGUGGGGCUGGACAAGAAAAAGAAGAUCUCCGGCUCCCAGCAAAGGAAAAGGUCCACCCAGGACCCGUCAGCAAGAAGCAGCAACGGGUCCGGAUCCAUGUGGAGACCCCCCACCAUGCAUUAAGGGGCUCCCCAUCACACACAAAGGGGACUUUCUUGAGGAAACAAAGUCAUUUUAUUUCAGUUCAAUAGAGGGACGACAAGAAGGGGGAUGCUCUCAGGGGUGAAAGGGGAAAAUUCUCAAAUAAAUUGUGUUCAGGUUUCUUAAAUUAUUAGUAAUUUCAGCCAAAUCAACCAAUUUGGGCAAGAUACAUUUUAAUUUAAUGUGUAACAAAACUUUAAUAUAUGACAGGAUUAUUUCGACUUCCACUUGCUGGACCCAACCUUUUCCUCCCCUCCUCGCUCAUGUAAUUUGCCGUGUAUAACUUUUCAAUUUUUUUUAUGAAUGAAGCUUAUUUGUGACAUCAUGCUUUAGAGGUUAAAAAGUUUGUUCGACACUAGAUUUGAAUUGUUUUUGAAUUGUUUUUCAGAAAAUAGUUUUAUGCCUUCAUUGAGUGGUUUUAAAUCUGUAAAUUACUCAACUAUCACUAUAGAUAAUUGGUUAAGUUCAGUAUUCGAAACACUAUUUAUAUUUAAUAAUUUUCGAAAUUAUAUUUAUAACUUUGGUAUUCUGACCAAUAAUUGCAGAAACACUGUAUACAUCUUAAGAAAAUGCAACACAAAUAGAACAAUAUUCUAAAAAAGGUUAUCGUAUUGUUGUUGUUAUGAUUCACACCAUGAUGUAUAUAAAAUGAUGCUAUCGUUCAAACACGCACGGCUGUAAAAAUGAAAGUCUUUGAAAAUAUUAUGAGAGAAGCUUCAUUCAGAUAUAGGUUAUAAAAAUUGUAGUAAAAGUGAAUUGCAAAGAAAAGGCUGUUCUUGACUUUAUUUUCCAACUGUACUGUAGCCUACUGCUCUCUGUAUCUCAAAUAAACAAAUUACAGAAAGAUUCAAUCAAUUGAUUUCCUUCU